GAUGUGUCAUUAGCCUUUGCUGUCUGAGGGCAUGCGGGGAGAUUCAACUGGCCAUGAAGAUUCAGAUGUCUCUUAUUUUCACGGCGAGCUUCGUCGUCUGCCUUGUAGCCAUGCCAGGACACAUCAUCACAAACUACUGGACGAUCAUUUGUUGGCAAAUAAACGAUGGGACCGUAUUAGCUUUUGUGAUAUUCUACUCUGUAUCGGUCAACAUUGUGCGAAAUUACUAUACACUGCUCGCGAUCUACAGGUUCUUGGCUGUGUGUUUUCCCAUCCGGUAUAAGCAGUUCUCCCGAUGGACGGUAGUUACAGGAGCCGUCGUUUCCGCCACUGUGUGCGUAGUGCUUUCGUGGUCAACUUUGUUCAUAAUACAGGACUACUCCAGCGUAGACCUGAACAACCCUAGCAGCUACUACAUGGGCCGAAUUCAGUAUUGUUUGCUUCUCGUGAUCCCGUUUGCUGCAACGGUGAUAGCUUACUUUGCCAUGGUUUUGUUUAUGCUCUACAAGAAGUUCUUUAUGACACAGCCACAAGGACUUCACAGGCCAGACCAAAUCGCAAAGUCUGUAAGCAUCCUUAUCUUGAUGAACCUGCUCUUGGACGUCCCUCAUCUCACUGUGCAUCUCACAUACACUAGUUCAAAGGCCGUUUCCUUCAUCGUAGUCCACAUGAUCUACCGACUUCGCUUUGUUUUCGACCCUUUUCUCUUCGUGUGGCUCAACGUGCGUUACCGCCAGAGGGUGCUUAGGUAUGUGUACUCGAAGCUUCUGCACCGGGAGCUGGCCGAUAUCAGCAUUUCUGUUACUUCGCCAAGUGCCACAGCAAACUCGUAGGGGCCAGAGCGAUAGUGCCUAGUCCAUCUAAUGAGGCGAUGUGAAAACUCACCUGACAUGAUUGGUUACUGCCAUUUGACUUAGCAGUAUAC